UCUCUUGUCUGAAAUCUAUUCCAUAUCUGAUAUCUGAUGCCAACCCCUAUAGUGAUAAAGGCCACAGACACAAAUCCAGAAGCACCGAAUCUAAACAGUCAGUCCUGAGAGGUCUCUCUGGUUGGUUUCUUUUCCCUGUUGCCAUUCAUCAGAGGACGAGUUUACCAACAGCCAUCGACCAAGCACAUCCAAACUGGAUCCAGGCCAAGAGCAAGCAGCAUUGUUGAAAUCUGGGCAGCAAGGUGGAAGGGUGGCCAGGGCGUCAGCUGGAUGAAAACAUGCGGGGACUGCUGGGCAGCAGCUGGAAGAAGUUUGGACAUGCUGGCCGGGAGACAUACGAGUGGUUAACCAGCGAGCCCAGCCCGCCUCUCUUGGAGACCCAGCUGCAGGGCACCCAGUGGGUGAGCUCCACCCAGGAGGAUGUGGAGCCCUUCCUGUGCAUCCUUCUGCCAGCCACUAUCCUGCUCUUCCUGGCCUUUCUGCUGUUGUUCCUGUACCGCCGCUGCAAGUCCCCGCCACCCCAGGGGCAGGUGUUCAGCAUUGACCUACCAGAGCACCCACCUGCAGAAGAGGUGACAGACCUCCUGCCCGGCCUGGCCUGGGGCAGUGAGGACUUCCCCUACUCCCUAUUGCCCCCGGAGGCCACUCUCCCCUCCCAGUGUUUACUGCCCUCCUACGAGGAGGCCACCAGAAAUCCUCCUGGGGAGGAGGCCCGGGGAUGCAGUCCUUCAGUAUGAAGAGGGCUCACAUGGACUGGAAGGGCAAAAAUAAACUGCUCUUGGGAAUCAUAUAAAACAUAGCUCUCCACCUUUAACAGAGCGCCCAUGAGAAGAAGGAGAAGGACCCCUAGACACAAGAAGCUGCUAUUCAUUGGCCAACCUCUGCCAAUGGAGCACUUCAAGCUGAGGGCAAAGCUUGACAAAUGCCAAUCUAGUUAACUUAUUUUCACAUUCCUUAGGGAAAAUUUCCCCAGGUUCUUCUAAAGAUGAUUGCACUCUCCUAAAAUGUAUAACACUCCUGAGAAAAAAAGUUCUAUGUGAGUUGAAAAAAAACCAAAUUGAAUUACUAAUGAGCAAAGGAACGGACUCUGAAGGGCAAGAAAAAAAAAUUCUGGACCAGCCAAAGGUAACUACUUUUGCCACCAAAUAUAACUUUUCUCCCCACACCAGGUUUUCAGGGUUUCAUGGUUUGUUUCACUUCUGUAUGAAUGCUCCAAGAUACAGAGAGAGUUCUAGAAGGAGUAAAAGACAUCUCUAGAGCUGCAGGGGAUAGUUGUGUUGUCAAUAACGGUGAAAUAUAUUACAGUUUUAGCAAUGAAAAUUAGAUAUUUGCAAACAUUUUAGUUAAAAAAAUAAUAAUAAAGCUCUCCAAAGUUAUUUUCUUUGUAGUAACCUUGCUUAUCUGUCUUCUGAUUUGCUUCCUCAAAUGUGGGAGAGAUGUGGCUUAGUGACAUGGGAA